AUGCAGGAUGCACAUUUGCUAAUGGAAGAUUUACCGCUCAACUUGCCGUUUGUGAAGCGAUGUGCUCUUUUUGCUAUAUUCGAUGGUCAUGCGGGGAUUCGUGCUGCGAAGUACUGCGAGGAUACAGUUCCUGCAAUUCUGAAGAAAAAGUUGAGUUCGUAUAGCGAUCUAAGCACACUGGAGAAGCAGCUGAAGCGUGUUUUUGCGGAGACUUUCAAAUCAGUUGAUGAAGGAUUCUUGGCAGAAGCUAGGAAAUCGAAACCGGUUUGGAAAGACGGUACAACAGUCACAUGUGUUCUUUUAUUGAACGAUGCCUUGUAUGUUGCAAAUCUUGGAGACAGCAAGGCGAUUGUAUGCCGGGCUAAGGAUGGCGGGUUCUCUAACAUAGAGCUCACGGUGAACCAUAAUCCCACCAUGUAUGAAGAGAGAAUGCGCAUACAAAAGGCUGGAGGUAUAGUGAGAGAUGGACGUGUGGAUGGAAUAAUUGAGGUGUCACGAUCAAUUGGUGAUGGGCAGUUCAAAACUCACGGAAUAACCUGUAUACCAGACAUGAAAAAACUCACAAUCACUGAGAGGGAU